AUGGUAUUACGCAUGUAUGAAAUUCUCUUUCGAUUGCAAUGCUUCAUAUUGAGAUUCACUUUAUGUCUUUGCUCUAGACAUAAGUUGGUUCUUAGUCCAUUUUAUUGGUUCAAUAAUAAAAUUGCAGAAAUGUCGGCGUGGAGACAAGCAGGAUUGAAUUAUAUAAAUUAUUCUCAAAUUGCUGCCAGACUUGUUAGGCAAGCUCUGAAAAGCGAUGUAAGAACAGAGGCUCAAAAACGUGAUGAAUCUAGUGUAAAAUUUACUCAAUGGAAGGAUGGAAAACCAAUCACUGAGAAAUAUUAAAUUUGAAGAUCAAAAAACAGUAAAUCUCUGUAUCACAGCUGGGUAGGAAAAUUCAUCCAAUAUUUACAUUUAUAGAAAUAAUUUAUGUAUGAUGAUCCUAGUUCAUGUAUGAAAUAAAAUCAUCUUCCACUUUGUCAUGGC